AUGGCCCGCCGAUGGGGGGGGCGCAACCGGGGCAGGGAUACGGUGGUAGUCGAUACGGCGGCGGCGGCGGCGGCGGCGGCGGUGGAGGUUCGCAGCAGUACCCCUCUCAGGGAGGGGCCCCGCAGGGGUGGCAGCCGCCGUCGAGGCCCGGGAUGGCUCUUCAGGCGACCGGACCGAGCAGGGGGCCGAUCCAGCGGGAUAUGGGGUACCAAGGACAGCUUCCGACCCGGCGGAUCCGUGCUGAAGAAGAAGGAGGAAUCCGUGGCGAGUGCCAACAUCCAGGCGUUCGGCGGCCCCGGCGCCUACGGCAACCCCUUCCCAUCGUUCGCGGGCCCCCCUGGCUUGGGCGGGGGCCAACAGGACGGCCCGACGCCCGACCUCGCUGGGCCCGGCGCGCCUGAGGUGAUCUCCGUAGAUGGGAGCAUCGUCAUGGUGCUCAAGCCUAACGAUCUUGCCAAGAAGAAGAGAAAGUUCAAGCAGGAUGGUGCCAACAAGCUGCAGGUCAUCGCGACGUUCGACCACUGCCUGACGGCGUUCCACGCCAAGGAUGGCAAGACGCCCUGUCUCAAGACCACCGACGCCUUGGAGCAGAACCAACACGUGAUGCUACCCGAGGCCGCGAAAAAGGUGCGCUUCUUGCGGAGCGACUUCAAGAGGAGGAUGGACGAGGGCGGGAAGACCAUGACUCCAGACGAAAGAGUCGCAGCACUCGAAGACAACCUUCGCAAGGUGUACAGUGUGGUGGCUAUGGAGGGGGGCGUGCACAUGAAUUCGAUCGGGCCCGCCAUCGAGUCGCAGCUUGACGGCAUUCCGCUCAGGGAGGGCGUAGACGAUAUGACGGCUGCGCUGGCGUGGAGGGCUAUUCCCCUUACCAUCUUCUGCGCGGGCUACGGAAACGUGGCGAUGGAGGUGUUGCGGAGAGGAUCUCCGAAGAUCACGGGGCCGGGGGGCGUGUUCACCCCUCACCUACGAUUGGUGGCCAACUUCUUCAGACCGGACGACACCAUGACCAUAAUCGGGAUGUACGACACGGUGCCCCUGAUCCACGAGGCCAAGAAGUCCGGCGCGACGUUGCUGGAGUUCCUCCGAGGCGUUCGUCAGGAGAAUGCCUUCUCCGCACGGUCGAACGUGCUUCUGCUGGGAGCGGAGCUGUCCGAUAUCGGCCUCGGCAAUGGUUUGCCCGGCGUGGAAGAGCGGAUUACGGUGGGAUUCCUCAAGCUGGACGGGCACGUGCUCGACAAGCUGCCGCGCUACGCCCAGGCGUACGACGUGGUGAUCCUGGGGGAUGGGGACAUGUCCUACGCCAACGAGAUCCUCCACGAGGUCGUCGGGUAGACAAGCGGGGGAGAGAGGCCCCACCGGCGUGGAUCUCUCCCAUCAUCUAGGCGGCUACCGAUGAUAGCUUUCGUCCGGUUGGGAGGGGCGAGAGAGAGAGAGAGAGACCCUACGAGCGUAGAUCUCUCCCAUCAUCUACGCCACCGAUUUUUUUGGGUCGGAUUGGGAGGGAGAGAGAGAGAGGCCCUACGGGCGUGUAGAUCUCUCCGAUCGUCUAGGCGGCUACCGAGACCUUUUGUCGGAAAGAUAGAGCUACUCGUACGGAAUCAACGCCACCCAAACCCAUACCCGCCACCCCCAAUGCGAUGCUUAAGCUCAAGCGAUUAACUGCCACGCGUUGGACUAUUCAGCCUGAGUAGUAGCAGUUGUGGUCAAGAGGAGGGGGGCGUAUUCGGUACACCGACGAUGUUGGGCAUCACAUGCGUUAGUUAGGUCGUGCGGGGCUCCCGCGGAAGCGGUAGCCAUCUGAAGUUUAGAUGGGCACAUGAGUUUGGUGGCUAAAAUUGUUUCGCGUGUCUGGCGUUUCAGCUGUAGGUAGGUUACGAAACGUGGACCAGUUGCGUCGUUGUUGGAGCGGUGACGGUGGCUGCAGUUUGAGAAGCAUGUCUGUGCGUAUGCUGGCGUUGUCAUUUUUCUCUCUGGUUUUCAAUUAUGACUCUGUAUGAUACCCAUACACUCCCCAACUUCUU